AUGAUCGCGUACCGCUAUAACUUCGUCCUCUCUUUCUUCUUUCCCUACGCCCUCGGCCUCCUUUUGACCUUCGCCCACGCUGCGCACAUUUACUUCCCUUCGAUACCGGAGGACCUCUAUGCGUUCCCAAAGUUUCGCGUUUCCUUCUUGAACGGAUUCCCCCUCUUGAAUGACACAGCUCAGGGAUGGCUCGCUGAGGGUAUCCCGGGUGGAGAAGACGAGUUUCUUGGUCGAGUUUCUCACCGAAAUGACCAACCAUCCAAAUUACGAAAAGAAAUAAGCGAACAUGGCAAUGAGCCUUUGACUACAGCCCUUCAGGACUCCGUUGCCGCAGCGUCCCCCCCGCUUGGCUUGCAUUUGAUGAAGAUGGGCACAAAAGCGUCUUACCUUUGUCUUAUCCCUCAGCCUCCUCCUUCUACUGCCUUCUCCUCGGCCGAGGAAUAUACCCCCGCUCACCCACGAAGAGCUGGGAACUCUUACAGCCUAUGUCUCAAGGGUGUUUGUAUCAUACAUUGGGUUGGUUCACGUACGCCUAUUGCCAUGGAAAAUACGUCAAGCAGUUUAGAGAGGCGCCUCAUGCCCACCCUCAUCCCCCAGGGGGCAGAGAACCAGAAGAAGACUCUGAGCACCCAGCCCAGAAACAUCAGAGCUUCUAUCGCCAGAGGAGGUUGCCGCGCGAACAAGCUCGAGCUUGCCAGGGGAGCAGGGCAGAGGUAUCUAGUCCAGCGAUGGGAAUCAGGCACUGUGUGUGACAAAACUGGCGUGCCGCGCAAGGCUGAAGUGCAAUUCCACUGUUCCAUGACAACAACAGAUAAAAUCUUUCUCAUCAAGGAGGCCUCGACGUGCAGUUAUGUCGUCGUCAUUCAUACCCCGCGCCUAUGCGGGGAACCGGGCUUCAAGUCCGAACGAGACACCCAGGAGGAGAGUGUGAUGCGGUGUCGUGAGAUUAUGUCCGAAGGGGACUACGCACGGCAUUUACUCCUUUCUCCACCACAAGCGACCAUCCCUAACCCCACUGAUGCCUUCCCCCCACUGGAAAGUGACAUGUCAGAGUCAACACCGAAACCAUCACCUUAUUCAGAGGAUGCACAUCCUUUGAAUUUCCCUUCAGUGCGUGGUCCUUCGGCUGCGCCACCUUCUCCGCCACCUCCGCCGCCUGCUGCCGUUCAGAAGGACGCCACUACCGGAACCGCCGGGGAUGGCGACGGAUCCAAUGCCCAAUCUAAAGAGGAUGCAAGUGCGAAAUCAUCCAAGCUUCGCCAGGGCUCAAGCGAGGCUCUCAAACAAGCUCUUCGGGCUCUUUUGCGAGGUGCCACACAGGGUGACGGCGCGGAGCCUGGAGGAGAGAACGAGCAUCAACAACAGCAGCCAAUCAAUGGUCGAGAAGAGGUUUUCAUGAUCGACGGACAGGACGGAGAGAAGAUUCACGUCAUCAUCGGUGAUCUCCAUGAUGAGGACGAUGUGGAGCAGCAGUUAAGUUCGCUCAUGGAAAAUGCCAGACAGGAGGCCGGUCGUAGUAAAUUGGAUGCCCUUCGGAAGAAACUGAUGGAGGUUUCUAAUAACAAAGACCCAGGAUUGGCUGCUCCCGCUUUGAAGAAAGAGGAUGUGGAGGAUGCUUCUAAAAAUGAGGCUAGUGAUUCACAGGAGAAUGUCCAGGAAGAUGAUGGUCUGCCAGCCACUCAUGACGAGUUAUGA